UUCACCUUUGUUUUCUUAUGUGUACAACAAGGGGGUGGAACAAGGUAGAGGUGGUAUCAACAAUUAGGGUGCUAAAAGCUUCUUUAUCUCUGCUCCCAGCUUCCCAGUGGGAAGAAAAUCUUAGGAUGAGCUGCUCCGAAGCUAAUGGGACACAGUGAGUAGAGUUGACCUUCACUAUCUAUUCCUCCUCUCUUCAGCUUACUCUACUGAUAAGCUCUGUAGGAGUGAAGAGAAAGGUACCUAGUACUGUUUUACUUCCUUCAGAAUGAUAGCUGUUCCUUUUCUAAGUCAAGUCACUAUUCUUACUGGUUUCCUUACUAGUACUUUAAUAUCACUUCAGUGACAUUGACCUACUCUUGUAUCCAGAUUUUCAGGUCUCCCUAUGGGAUGGGCCCAGGAGUACGCAUUCUGGUCAAUGGAGAGAAGUCUUCAACAGAUCUUCCAACAUCUGGAAUGUGCAAGAUCAGCUCUUAAGGAAUUCUGUUUGCCUGAAUCACAGGAUACCAUUUCUUCCUCCACCUCCUCUGUGCUUGUGCCUCAGGAGCCUGUUCUACCCUGUUGUGGCUGUAAGAAGGCAAAACAUUCUCCUAAGGACAGCAGCUCCUCCGGAUCAUUAUGCAGCAACUCCAGCCUGUCCCACCUUCCCGUCUUUUCUAAAGGAACAACCCGGCAAAUCCGGAGCCAUAGUUUACCUAUUUUACCCAGAAACCAGUCUUCCAUGUUCAGGAACCAGGGCACAGCCCUGCCUCCUUUUCAGCUCUCAGAGUUUGGGAAAUCAGAACUUUUACAGAAUUUGGCAGCUCUUUCACCCUUAAGAUCCCAAAACUCUUUGAUCAACUCUGUGUUCGAAUCCCCAGAUCUCUGCCAACAAGAAAAAACAAAGAGUGGGGGAGAGAGCAAGAGUCAUUUGACAUUGGAUCGUGGGCCAGAUUUUAUUUUCACCAAGGCAAGACCACGGUUCUCGGGGUGGGCUCCAAUCCUGCUCUCUCCUUUGGCUCGGUGGGAGUUAGAGGGACAUAUGGCUUGGAAGGUUUAUACUUUGAGGGAACAAACAGUGCCUCUGCCGGUGAGGGAGUCAUGGGCAAUGCUGAAUUAUUUAACUGAGGCACAAGGAGGAGUUCCCGAAGCACAGAAACCUCAAAUCCAGGUAUCUAUGCCUAUUCAUCAAAGCACUGAACAAAGUCUCUACAAUAAAUUCCCAAACUGUCCAUCAUUUCAGCUCCAUGUGAAUAUUGGAGUGGAAUCUGGAUUAAAUCGAACAGAAACAAAAAUUUCACAGUCACUUAUCCCAGGUAAGCAGUCACAACUUGGGGAUGGCCCGCAAAUCCUUGAAUCCAGGCCCUUAGCUACAUCAUUGGGCACUCCGCUUCCCAAAAGUUUAGGAGCUGACGUAAUUCCAGAGAAGACCACUGGACUGCAGGAGCAGCCAAAACACGUUCUAGAACUUAAUAUAGAACAGAGGGUCCUAGGUCCUCUGGAAAAAGGGAUUCAGCAGCAUAAGCACAAAGACUACAGCAUCAACCCCAGGGCUACCUCAUCAAGUCAUGGAAUCUCCAAGUUUGACCCCAUGGCAUCAGAUCUUAGCAUCUUCCGAGAUGAGUCCAAGGCAAAGCCAUCAAAUGAUGGAAACUAUGGGGUCAGCUUCUGA